CUUCCUCGCCAUUGUGGGCAGAGACAUGACCGUCCACGUGAUGCCUUGCUCCCCCCACUCCUCCCGACUGAGGAGGAAGAGCAGAGAGGGGAGGGGGCGCGAGGCAAGGAAAGCUCUGGGGGUGGGGGAAGGGGGGCGGUGUAAGGCUGAGUGAUUUCCUUCCGGCACGUCGCCCGCUCCAUGGGAGGGGGUGGGGGGUUUCACUUCCGGGACGGUGUUCCGGCCCAUUCCGGCCCAUUUCCACCCCCGGAGCUCUCACCCGUCCAGUGCCGACGGUAGCGAAAGACUUUCCUCCAGGGGCUUCCUCACUGGGGAAUUGCCGGAAAGAGCAAACAAAAAAGGCGCUGGUGUAGGCUCCAAAAUAAACACAUCUGAAUUCAUGAUGGCAUCGACAGAGGCUCUUAUUGGAUUAAAAGUUUCAAAACAAACAAUAACGCUUUGGAAAAAGGGUUGAAUGCACCCUCAGGCACGACCAUGGAGAAAGGUGGGAACAUACAAUUGGAGAUUCCUGACUUCAGCAACUCUGUCCUGAGCCAUCUAAACCAGUUGCGCAUGCAGGGCCGUCUCUGUGAUAUUGUGGUCAAUGUGCAAGGACAAGCUUUUCGGGCUCACAAAGUGGUGCUGGCUGCCAGCUCCCCCUAUUUCCGGGAUCACAUGUCCUUGAAUGAGAUGAGUACAGUCUCCAUUUCAGUCAUCAAGAACCCUACUGUUUUUGAACAGCUCCUUUCUUUCUGUUACACAGGGCGGAUAUGCCUGCAACUGGCAGAUAUCAUCAGCUACCUAACAGCUGCCAGUUUUCUGCAAAUGCAGCAUAUUAUAGACAAAUGUACACAGAUCCUGGAGGGCAUUCAUUUCAAAAUUAAUGUGGCUGAAGUUGAAGCAGAAUUAAGUCAAACAAGGACAAAGCAUCAAGAGAGACUUCCAGAGUCUCACAGGGUUACACCAAAUCUCAACCGCUCCCUUAGCCCACGACAUAAUACCCCAAAGGGAAACCGGCGAGGUCAGGUUAGUGCUGUGCUGGAUAUCAGAGAGCUAAGUCCUCCUGAGGAGUCCACCAGCCCUCAGAUCAUUGAACCAAGUUCUGAUGUAGAGAGCCGUGAGCCCAUUCUUCGGAUCAACCGAGCAGGACAGUGGUAUGUGGAGACAGGAGUGGCUGACCGUGGGGGUCGGAGUGAUGAUGAAGUUAGAGUUCUUGGAGCAGUACACAUCAAAACUGAAAAUCUGGAGGAGUGGCUUGGGCCUGAGAAUCAGCCUUCUGGAGAAGAUGGGAGUAGUGCAGAGGAAGUAACAGCCAUGGUCAUUGAUACCACAGGCCAUGGUUCUGUAGGACAGGAAAAUUACACUUUAGGGUCUUCAGGAGCCAAGGUGGCUCGGCCAACAAGCAGUGAAGUUGACAGAUUUAGCCCCUCCGGCAGUGUUGUUCCCUUGACAGAGAGACACAGAGCCAGAAGUGAGUCUCCUGGGAGAAUGGAUGAGCCUAAGCAACCCAGCUCCCAGGUAGAAGAGUCAGCAAUGAUGGGAGUAAGUGGCUAUGUGGAGUACCUCCGAGAGCAGGAAGUAUCUGAGCGGUGGUUCCGGUACAACCCUCGUCUCACCUGCAUCUAUUGCGCCAAAUCAUUCAACCAGAAGGGAAGCCUGGACCGCCACAUGCGCCUACACAUGGGGAUCACACCAUUCGUCUGCCGCAUGUGUGGCAAGAAGUAUACCCGGAAAGAUCAGCUGGAGUAUCAUAUCCGCAAGCACACAGGCAACAAGCCCUUUCACUGUCAUGUCUGUGGCAAAAGUUUCCCCUUCCAGGCCAUCUUGAAUCAGCACUUUCGCAAAAACCACCCUGGCUGUAUACCCCUGGAGGGGCCUCACAGCAUCUCCCCUGAAACAACUGUCACAUCUCGAGGACAAGCUGAGGAAGAGUCACCUUCACAGGAAGAGACAGUUGCUCCUGGGGAAGCUGCCCAGGGCUCUGUGUCCACCACUGGGCCAGAUUGAAACAUCCAGCGGGAGGGGGCUGACCCUCUUCCCCUUUGAGCCAUAAGCAGCCAGCAUCAGAGCCAUGGGCUGAUACUUAGAUUCACAAAAUGCCACAUCACUAGGCCAGAAGGUGCUCCCAAGAUGUUGCCAAACUGGAGGAUCAGCAACAUACACAAAAGCACUAAAGGCUCCUCCCUUCUUAUUGCCCGCCUCACACUUUGGAAAAUAAUCAAGCAAAUCAACUUUCUAAUUCAGGGAUCAACAGCCUUGGUUUGUUAACUUUAUAAGAAAAAAGGUUUUUUAACAAAACGAUGGUGAUAAAUGGUCAUUUAUCUAUCAGUCAUGUUUGAACACUGUACUUUGGUCCAUAUCAUCUUGGUGGCUAUAAUUGCCCAGAUCUAAAAAAUGCAGCAGGAGCCUCAACCAUCUGAAGCAGCCAACCACAAGAGAGGAGGUAGUCAUGAUGGUGAUGAGGAGGAGAAAUUUCUCCUCUUCCUUCCCUGCCAUAACAUGCAUUUUUGUGUUUCAAGAAAAAACAAAUGAAUACUGGUGGUUCUUAUUUUGAAAGGUUAGACUUUAUCUUUCCCCUGACUAGGCAUCUAAUACUUUGCCUGGUUAUUUCAUAUAAUCAGCCAUCUUGAAGCAGUAUUCUAGUGGACAGCAUCACCUGAAGCACUUGGCAACUGGGAGUGAAAUGAUCAGCAAAGUGUAUGCAAUAGGUACUGCUACAUUUGGGGGCUUGAGUGUUGUGUUGAGGAAGAGGAGAGCAGGGAGGGAAGUGUUUAUAUGUUUUGCAAAUAUCAAACAGCACAGAGCCGUUCUGCAACUUCCUGACUGGUAUUUGUAAACCAUAGUGCUACACAUCCUUGGGUAAUGGCUCUAGUUCAGGUGAAUUAAUGUGUUAGGCUGACUACCAAAGUUUCAUCCAGUCUCUUUGGCUCCUAUUUUCACAUUCAGCAAUAUUGUACAUCAAAAAUGUCACUUUCCAGUGAAAUGAGCCUGGAUUGUAUUUUUAAAUCCACAGGUCUCCAUAUUUGAUAACUUUUAUAUGAAGUUUUAAACAUGUUUUUUCUGCAGUAUUGUGGUUGAAGAAAUUCAACUCUAUGGUUCUUACUGCAACCACAAUUUCAUUUCCUUAUAAAUAUGUAAUAGUUUAUAUUUUCAGGCGUAUAGAAGAACCUCACUUAAACAUAACUAUGUCUCGGGUCUGCAAACCUAGUAAUUCAUAAACCAACCAUCAGCAAAUAGCUGGUGACUCCAAGAGCUUUGCUUUUUAAUAAUAUACUACAGGGCACUUAUCAGAAAACAUCAUGCAGAAUCAUGUUGCAAUAAAUGAUCAAAGGAUCAAUUUUGAUC